AUGCGUCUUCCAGCUCUCCUCGCCUUGGUGGCGGGCUCUGAGGCCCUGCCCCAGUUUGGCGGCAGUGGAUUCACCAUGCUGCGGUUUGGUUGCUCUCAGCUCGUCAUCGAUCGUAUCGACCCUCUUGUCAAUCCAGGCCAGGCGCCGUCGCCCCAUAUGCACCAGGUUGUCGGAGGAGAUGCUUUCAACACAACUAUGGCCGUGACCGACAUCUCAAAGCAAGCAAAGUGCACUACCUGCGGCUACUCGGAGGAUCUUUCCAACUACUGGACGGCCAACUUGUACUUCAAGGCUCGCAACGGCACAUACAAGCGGGUUCCUCAGAUACCGAACAGGGAGUUGUUCAAUGACAAGUACACCACUGGCACGAAAGGAGGUUUUGUUGUGUACUAUGUUUCCCCUGGCAAGGGCCAAGUUACCGCCUUCAAGCCUGGUUUCCGUAUGCUUACAGGCGACGCUAAUCAGCGGGAGAAGAUUGGCAAUGGCAGGAAGUCGCAGUCCUGUUUCCGCUGCUACACGUCAAAGAACUUCGGAGGGGAUAAUGCGGCUCCCUGUGCUGAUUCCAAGCUCGAUACCGAGCAUCUUCCCACCGGCCCUUGCCCAGGCGGUAUCCGCUCUAACAUUCUCUACCCGACCUGCUGGGACGGCAAGAACCUCGACAGCCCCGACCACAAGUCACACGUCGCGUAUCCCGUCGGCGGUCCCGCCCCCUUCACCGGCACCAGCAUCCAGGGCACCUGCCCGUCCACGCAUCCCGUCAAGAUCCCUCAAAUCAUGCUGGAGAUUGUUUGGGACACCACCCAAUUCAACAACAAAGCAGAGUGGCCCGAAGACGGUUCCCAGCCCUUCGUUCUUUCCACCGGCGACCCAACCGGCUACGGCCAGCACGGCGACUACGUUUUCGGCUGGCAGGGUGACUCUCUUCAGCGUGCCAUGGACGAAGCUAAGGGCUGCAUGGGCGCUUCCUGCGGUGGCCUCAAGACCCAGGCUGUCUCGGCUGGUAAUAACUGCAAGGUUAAAAACCGCGUUUUGGAGGAUGCCGAUGGCUGGCUUACUUCGCUUCCUGGCAUGCCGAUGCAGCUCUAA